AUGUCUGGCGCCGAAGCGCUUGCAGUUUUUGGCAUUGUGUGCAAUGUCAUGCAGGUGAUUGGUUUUGUGAAAGAUGGUGCCCAUAUGGCCAAAGCUAUCUACAAAACCGGAACUCUGGACCCUAGCCUCGCACAGACGAUUGGUUACAUAAAAGGAGGCUUGGAGAGAUUGAAAGAUUCGUUGGAGAAGGGGAGACCUCUCAUUCAAGACGAGGAGGAGCUGCUAGAUAUUGCGAACGGCAGUCUGGAGACCGCGGAGGAGUUAAAGGCCGAGCUAAAAAAGAUCGCAGGCACAUUAGCCAAGGGAAAGUAUCCUGCCGCCUUCCGUGGAUGGUUCAAAGCCGCCCUGGGUGGGAAAAGGAGGAUUGAGAGACUGGAGAAAGUGAUGCAUAAUCGUCAACAGAUUCUGGAGAAUCGACUCAUAGUUCGAAUCUGCAACAAGAACGAUGCACUCCUCCUCGAACAACAUGCCAAUUUCGACAAGCUCGACCGGGCAUUACAAGGCUUCGUUGAAUGCUGUGCCCGCAACCAGACGACUCUUGACCAGCUCAUUCAGAGAGGAUUUCUUACCGUGACGACACAUAUCGGGAGCAAGAUGGAAGCUCUUGCGCAGUCGGUUGAAGUCAGCAUUUCCUCCGGGACAAACCAGCUCCAGGACAACAUAUCGUCUCGUUUACAAGAGCUUGCUUACAAUCGGAUUGAAAAAGAAGAACAUGACAGGCUGUUGGGAAGCCUGAAACAUGAAACAAUGAACGUUCGGCGGAAUCAUAUUAUAGUUAAUCAUGAUGAUACGUUUUCCUGGAUCUUCCAUCCUCAGCACGGCAAUAGCGAUGCUGGUAACCAGGAUGGAUUUGUGGACUGGCUCAAGUCUUCUAAGCAACGUCCGUACUGGGUCAGUGGCAAAGCAGGCUCGGGAAAGAGCGUCCUGAUGAAGUUUCUGGUCAACAACCCGCGCACCCAGUCCAUCCUUGAUGAUGCACACGGAACCACCAUCGUCUUGUCCCAUUUCCUAUGGGCUGCAGGCCAGUCACUUGAACGAAAUAUGCAAGGGCUCCUUUGCUCUUUGACCCACCAACUCUUAGCCACGAAGCCAGAUCUCUGUCGGGUCGUCUUGGAGAAGGUUCCCGCCUCAAGGCAGAAGAGAUUCCCCGGCGAUUGGUCCACCAACGAACUCCGUGCUCUUUCUGUUGAUGUGAUUCCGGCCUGUGGACAGCAUGUGUGCAUCUUCCUGGACGGUCUUGAUGAAACGGACGACUACAUGGCCCUGGUCGACUUCCUGGGUCACCUUUGUGCUCUACCGCGCCUUCAGGUCUGCGUCUCGAGCCGACCAGAGCCUACGUUGCAACGACGCUUUCACAGCUGCCCCCAGCUUCGGGUGCAGGAUUUGACCCGACUCGACAUCGAAAAAUACGCCCACGAUACCCUACGCAGGCUACCCUUCGACGACCCAGAGACCACCAACCGCCUAGUGUCCAUCAUCCUUUCCAAGGCGGACGGGGUAUUCCUAUGGGUUGCUUUGGCCCUGAAGAGCGUUCAAACAGGGUAUGACAACCACGACGACCCGGCUGAGCUGCAAGCCCGUCUGGAAUCGCUCCCCAACGAUCUCAACACGCUCUACCAGAGGAUGUGGCGGCGGCUCAACGACAGUGAGGCUGUGUAUCGGGGAACAGCUGCUCUGUACUUCAACCUCAUGUUGGAAUGUGUAGGCAAUAUAGAUCUCACCUCAGCAGCGAGCCCGUUACUACUGGCUCUAGCACUGCAUCCACCGCUGGCGGCCACGGUCGUGACGGAGGAUAUCGAAUUCUGGGAGGGGCAGCUACACAGGGAAUGCGAGAGAAUAACGGAGCGCUUGCCGAUCCGGUGUGCGGGCUUACUGGAAGUGACUGCGGAUGGGACUGUGGCGCUCAUACAUCGGUCCGCCCAGGAAUUUCUCACGAACACGCCAGAGGGUCAACGCAUACGCGGCGCAGACUCAACACCACGCGAAACCCACCGUCUGAAUCUCAUUCGGGGAUUACUUGGCUGCUACAAACUGGAGAUAGAGGCUGAGGCACAGACGCUCUCUCCCCGUAUCCUCAACCUCUGCCAACCCCUCGGCCGCAAGCUCAGAAGUGCGAGUAGUUUCUUUGAAUUGUGCCGCUACGAUUUAUCUCCUGAAAGUGUCCACACACUGUUCAACCUGGCACAAGCGCUCUAUUCAACGAGGAAAUGGGUAUUUGAUUAUUCCUUCUACCUACAGCCGGAUUUCCUCGGCGCGAUCGCCCGCGCGGGGUUCUUUGCCCUGACACGAGACGGAUUUGCCCAGCUCGCUGGCGCUGCCCCCCGCGGCUGGAGGAUUUCGAGGCUCUACCAGGCAUAUAUCCUGGAAUGUGUGCUCGACUCAGUCAAAUGGAGUGAAGUGAAGACGUCCGCCCAGGAUCUUGCUUUCCUUUGCGCACUUGGCAACACGUCCUCCACCCAAAACGCUAGGUAUAGCAUUAUCAACUUUAUUCAAUCAAUAGUUGGAACGGUUGGAGAAGAAGACCCUCCAUUCUAUAUCACCAGCGAUCCGUUGCAGCUUUUAAUGGAAGAGUCACUUCUUGACGAGUUUCCGGGAAGAUACAACUCUCUGGAUCUUAUGAUUAGCCUUCUUGAAGGGGGCUGCAAUCUCUCCACCCGGGAUGUCAUCUUACUCCAUGCCUCCGCCCCCGACGUGUCAGACAUAUUCCAAUACCAAUUCUUCAGCUAUCCGAAAUUCUUGCCAGGAGGAACGUUGUUCAUUGAAGUGAAUACCUCAUUUCUUUUAACCCUGUUCGUACGGCUGCUAGCUAGCCAGCAGUCACUCUUCCCGUUUAUUGUCGAUUUUCCCGCGUUAUUUCAAAGACUGGAGACCGCGGUGGGAGGCUUGACUACACCGGCGUUUUCACAAUUGCGUGGCUUUGUUCCAGAGUAUACCAGAGCUGCUGUUAUGCACCCCGAGACCAGACCUGCCGAGGAGGAUUCCCAGGAUGUUUAUGGCGGACAUGGAGACUCCGAGGGUGAGCAGUCCGACGAGGAAGAAUUUGGGAGCGAGGAGGAUUUAGACGGUGAUAACGAUGAUAGUAACGACUCGGAACGGAGGACCUGGGCCAGCUCUACAGAAGUACUCAUCCCUUGUAACGACGACGAUAGCAAUGCUGUUCUUGCUGGCCUGUUCGGCGAUAUCUUCACCUCCAUUACGCGUGGGAAGAACGGCUGCCUGCUCGGGAAGCUCGAGAUCCCCGGCCUCGAGUCCAGGCUUCAGCAGAUCUUGCCAAAUGCUAGACGUUCCACGGUGCAGGAGCUGGAAGAAGCCUUGAUCCAGGAUGGAUUUCUGGUGCCAUGCAGCGCCGGACCGGACGUCUGGCCACCCAGGGUUUAUUCACCUGAUCCUGCGUGCGAUGAGGUUGAGGCGUGA